UCCCGAUUCAGCAAGAUACUCGCGAGUUUUGAACGUCAUAUAUGACUUGCACAUUUGCACAGUCCAGUCAGAAGGUGGCAGUAAUGCACAGCAAAAGUUGAUAUAAGAAGAAGAAGAAGAAUAGACGGAAGACUACUACACUAUUUACACAUUUUAAGAUGAGAUGUGCGAAAUAAACCGCAUCGAAUGUGGAAUCCCCAGAAUCGCUUCCAGGACUUUCACGUUUGAAGACAGCAGGAAAGACACGCAGGAGCGACUGAGUGUGUUCAUACCGGAGGUGGUGGAUGCCCAGUACGGCACGUACGUGUGGCCCAGUGCGGUGGUGCUGGCUCAGUAUGUGUGGAGCAGAAGACUGGACCUGAAGGAGCAGACGGUGUUGGAGCUGGGUGCAGGAGUCAGUCUUCCAGGUGUGGUGGCGGCCAAGUGCGGUGCAAAGAUCAUCCUUUCCGACGACGCUAACACGUUGCUAUGGCAACACACCUGCAAACGCAGCUGUGAUGCCAACAACCUGCAUGAGGUGCUCACGCUGCCUCUCACCUGGGGGGACAUCUCAGCACACCUGGCCCUGCUUGCACCGCUCCACCUCAUCUUGGGGUCAGAUGUUUUCUACGAGCCUGCAGAUUUUGAAGACAUCCUGGUCACAGUUGUGUUUCUUCUGCAAAAGAACCCCACAGCUGAGUUUUGGAUGACGUAUCAGGAACGAAGUGCUGAUUGGACCAUUGAGGCCUUGCUGCACAAGUGGAAACUGACAUGUGUCCACGUUGAUCUGGAAUCUUUUGAUGCCAACAAGUGUGAGCUGGCAGGGUCAAGUCUACCAGGGAACCACAACAUUCAAAUGAUGCUGAUCAGGCUCUGCACAGACCAGGAGAUGUGAACCAUGGUCGUGUUCCUUGUUCCGCACCAUCCCGGCUGGUCUCUCAUGCCAACAGGAGUUCAUAGAGAUGUCCACAGUGAAAAUGCGUCACGAGACCCGAAGGACAGUAAAGCUGGAAAGUACUUCACACAAUACAUUGUUUCAAAUGGGAGAACCAUUACCUCAACCGUGUGACUAUUGUCAAUAAAGACUAUUAUGGAGCUCUUCAUCACAAAUGUUUCAAAGUGCUGCGUCCACAAAUCUUCAAUCUGUCUUGUGGUUUUGCUCAGUGCUUGGUUAGUU